AUGGAGGGGAGAUACCGGAAGUCAAAAUGUUGUCGCGCUGAUUACGUAUGCCCAAAUAUGCAGCAAACCGCAUCGGAAGUGCCACCAUCAAAUUACGCAAGAACAGCAACUGUGUUGUCUCAACAUCAGUCGGAUGACGUGAACAACGUAUGCAAUUAUGGCGAUAAACGAGUUGAUUAUAGUGACUGCAAGAAAUAUUUCUCGUGCGUUGGAGAGCAAAAACAUUUCGAGCGUCGCUUCUGUCCUAGCGGCCAAUAUUUCAACGAAAGACUCAAUCGAUGUGUGGCUGGCGACUGUCAGAACGGACUCAUUUUUGGCGAGUAUUACGAAAUGAAUGCUCCAUGCCAGAAUUGCUGUCAAUUAAUUCACGAAGACAUAGAAUUGAAGGAGAGUAGUGGUCGAAGUGGAUAUCGAGCAGACACUGAAAAUUGUCAUAAAUUCUACCAGUGCGCUCAUGGCAAAUGGGUUCAUAAAGAUUGUCCCGGAACGCUAGUUUGGAAUUCGGAUGCGCUGGUUUGUGACUGGCCGCAGGAAGGUCAACAAUGCUAG